AUCAGCUUUUCCGAUAGCUUUCCUAUUCGCGAUUCGUCCUCAGUUGCAGGCGCGGGAUGGACGACUGUGAUGCUUGCGACGUUAGACCUCAGUCGCAGCAUGCGUGCGACGACAUCUGGUAGUUAACCGCCUCCGAAAUUACGUGCUAACGACGCGUUGGUUUCGUGCGACUACGGAUGCGAGGGGUGUCAGAUGAGUCUUUUGAUCUGGUCUGCAAACGCGGGUCCGUGGCUCAGAGUCCUUACCUCGUCCGUGCCGUCAACGACGCUUUACCAUUCACCAGACACCGUCUGGUGACUACGGUAAAAUACUAAGGAGUAGCUCUCGAGAAGGAAGGUCGUCGGACACCCCUGAUCGAGUGCUCGUUAUCGAGAUGAUCAGGUGUUACCGUUACUAGGCUUAGUUCACUAUGUUGAAGGGGCUUUUGAACUGACAGUAACCAGCAACUCUAGAGUUUCGGGUAACCUGGUUAUUAAUUAGGACUAGACUGCUAACUGUUGACUAACUCUAGAGUAGGGUGUCCUUGCCUCGCCAUCGCUCAUGGCUUCAGAAAUCCGUUCCGUCCGCGUUAGUAUCCUUCGCAUCGCGGUUAGGAGUCGUUAUAUCAGGAUGGCGUGUUCGCUUUUCCUGCUGGCGCUCCUAGCCUCGGGAAUUCCGCCAGUCACCGCAUUCGACGAUUCUAUUGGCGGCAGUUACACAUUCGGCGACUACCACCGGCAACCAGGAGCCUCCAACGGCUAUAAAGUUCAAGAGCUCCGCUUGGGCGACAACAACGUGGAAGUUUCGCAUUCAGUGCCAGCAGGCGACGCCACUCCCUCCGUCUACAUUGCUCGCACGCGCCUCCCCGCUCGCUCCCGCGUGGGGGGCCUGUCUCGCGGCUUCCACAUCCUCAGAGUCACGGCCACCAUCCCUGCGGCGAUAUCGCCACGCCCAAUGUUCACUGGCUCUGGCCCGUCGAAAUUCGAAUUUUGCGUACAUUGGAACGCAACGGAACCGCUAGGGGAAUGCCCAAGGGGGGCGUGGAGGGCGGCGGACAGGAAGGGGCGCUGGGUCGUGCUGAGGUCGCCUUUUGAGGGCGCGUUCGUUGAUGUGAAGAGGGAGGGAGGGGGGGGCGGGGAUCAAGACAUCAGCAUGAGUAUUGAUGAAGACCUAGAGGUGCAUCGAGCGGUGUUCUUCGUGCUGGGCUUCUUCUUGAUGCUGCUGGCCGGUCAUCUGAGCUCCAUGGUUGCGUUCUACUAUGGCGGGGGCAUGACCCUCGGCGUGCUGCUAGUUGUGAUAGUGAUUCUCUACCAGGUUAUGCGGUUGCUUCCCCUGGGUCGCAAGAGCAGCCUUCAGAUUCUUCUCUAUGGCUCGCUGAUGGGGUUCAUAGGAGUCAUCGUGACGUACGUGACAGGGGCGAUCAAGACUGUCAUGGAGCCUCUUGGUCUGGGCGAUGACGUCAUUUCUCCGGUGGUGGUGUUUGUGCUGGUACUGGUGGCCCUGAUAGGAGCAGCUCUGGGCUUCUGGGUGGUGCGGAAAUUUAUACUGUCGCCCACAGGGGAGCUGGACCCCCCUACAGUCUCCUUCGUGAAGUGGGGGCUCAGAAUAAUAGCGGCAACGCUCCUCAUCAUGAGCUCAGCCGAUGCAAUCAUCGCCACAUCCCUUCUCCUCCUCUCCAUCUCCACCACCCUCCUCCUCCACCUUCUCUCCCCCCGCGCCCUCUCCCUCCUCUCUCCCUCCGCCACCCCCACUGCCACCCCAACCACCUCUUUCAUUGCUCGAGCCUUCCCGUGGAAGGGGGAGCACGCAGCAGAGCAGGAGAGGGGUGGGGGGGGUGUGUUCCACACCCCUGGCAAGGCCGUAGGGAGCCCUGAGAUGUAUGUGGGAGGGGGGGCGGAAGGAGAGUUAGCCUUCUCCCCCCCGGGGCAAUUUGGCACGCCUCCCCAGGGGCCAGCAAUGGGGGGCCAGGGAUAUGUGACGCCAGCGAGGAGUGGUGCUGGGGGCUUGCCGUACGUUCGCACAGGCACGCCUUUUCCCGGAGGACCAGGCACGCCCCGGAGUCCUCUCCCUGCCUCCUCGCCUCUCCUGCGCACCGUGUGUGCUUCUUCCUUCCACCGCACGCCCCACCGCCGCCACCUCACGCCCGCACAGGCAGCAGCCAUCUCGCACGAGUGCACACAGGAAGCCCUGCAGGACCUGGCGUACUCGCCUGGGUUCGGGCAGUGGGUCUUGAGAAACUUUGACCGGAUAGCCAUUACACCUAGGGCGUUGAGGGAGGAGAGGGGUGAGGCUGAGAUUGCUGCCACGGCUGAGAUGGAAGAGGGGUUUGAGGACGAGGGGUAGGGGGUGAUGGGGUAGGGGGUGUUGGGGUAGGGGGUGUUGGGGUAGGGGGUGUGGGGAGGGAAGGGAUGAGGAGGAGUAGAGGAGAGGGGUGAGAUUGCUGCUGCGGCUGAGAUGGCAGACGGGUUUGAGGACAAGGGGUAGGGAGGAAGGGGAAGAGGAAGGGGAGUGGAGAGGAGAGAUUGUUGAGAGACCCACUGGGGUUACCCUUGAGAAGAUCCUCGGGGAAGGGCCACAGGUGCAGAGCCUGGGGGGCUAUGGGCGCACUUACCCGCUAUUAACAAGCCUUUAACUCAGUGGUUAGUGGCUGAGUUUUGACAGAGAUUCCUUGGUAGGAAGGCGACAAGGGAAAGGGUAGGGGUUUAGGAAAGGGACGAGGAAGAAGAGUGGUGCAGGGAGGAGGCUAUGCAGAAACUAAGGUUUGAAGAGGAGGAGAAACGGGUUUGCGGGUGGAUGGAUAGGCAGGACGAGGAGACAAAGGGAUUAAGGUUGGUCGUAGUAGUGGCUGUUUUACGCCGCCCGUGUUUCAGUGGCAUCAAGGCAAUAACUUCUUUCUACCCUGGGGAGCGUGUCUCUUGAGUACAAUUCUCCCUGGAUCACUAAUGCUGGUAAUACCGGAUAUGACGACUGUUGGGCUGAGAAAAGCCCUUAGGUUCUUUCCAGAGACUAAGUCCCAGUUGUAGAAUGAGACUUCAGCAGUGCAGCGGAAGUUGAGUAGUUGAACCCUUGUACUAGUAUAUGAGAACAAGUGAUUGAUUAAAGUGAACAAGCAGUU